AUGGUGUCCGGAGUGCAGAUCAAAAAUCUGCAGGUGGAUCCGUGCGAGUUGAAUGUGGAUUACCCAGUGACGGUGCACAACAUGGUCGCCAAGUUUAUUGGCAAUAAGCUCGUCGUGGCAGGCGGCGCUACCGUCGCCCGCGACCUCGAGGCCCCCGUCACCUUGGCCAUUCUCAUGCGCCUGAACCUGAUGGCCUUUAGGAAGGUCAUAACGGUUCCAUGCACUAAUAACUUCGGCUCGUGCACCUACCAAGACAUCUGUACCCUUCCUGAGAAGUUGGGUGAGAAAUCCGCCAUGGUGUGCGGCUUGUUGGAACGAUUUGGAUUUCCGUGCAAAUGUCCUAUUCCGAAGGGAAGUUACGACGUGUCUCGCACGGAAAUUCCCUUCGACGCUUCUCUCAUCUCCAGCUUCAGCGGUUCUUAUGGUGUACAAGUUAACGCAACGCACAACGGCCAACCCUUGGGCUGCUAUCAAAUAACUUUCUCAAUGGGAUAA